GAGGUACGUGUGGUGGCAACGGAGCACGCCAUCAAAUUCUUUGACAUGGCAACGUUACCAUCAGAUGUUAAACUUUACAGGGAUCAAGAUGAAUGGGAGGCCUGGAAGAAGAUCUCAGAUCCAGUCCUGCAUAUUGAGCUGAGACGAUGGGCUGAUGUGAUGGUCAUUGCUCCUUUAGAUGCUAACACAUUAGGCAAGAUAGCCAGUGGUAUCUGCGAUAAUCUUUUGACAUGUGUCGUCAGGGCAUGGGACAUGAAGCGCCCUCUGUUGUUCUGUCCAUCGAUGAACACCCACAUGUGGGAGCACCCCAUCACCCAUCGACAGGUUUCAGAGCUGACGUCCUUGGGUUAUUCUGAGAUCCCCUGCGUGGAGAAACUCUUGGCUUGUGGAGACAAAGGUUUUGGAGCUAUGGCGGAGGUCAGGACAAUAGUAGACAGAGUGAAGGAUAUCUGCAACGGAUGAUAUUGAGUUGAUGUCAUAGGUCAUAGGUCAAGCAAUCAGUACUGCCCAUCCACGGGCGAUGUCUUUAUCAUAUAGAAGUUUACAUCCUAAAGAAAUACUGCAGAUAGAUGUGAAGUGAAUCAGUUUGAAAGGGAUGAGGACAGUGAUAGCAGCAAUUGGUAAGAUUUGGGAGAUGAAAUGAAAUUUUGAUUUGGACAUGAUACAGCAAAUGAUAGGUCUAUUUUCUAAAUGUGAGCUCUCAUGAACUUUAAGAGGUCAUAAGAGGUCAGAGGUCAGUUAGACAGGACCACCCGUCCAUAUGGGUGAUUUCUGCAUCACAUGGUGGCUUGCAUCCUACAGAUGUACAUGUACACCUCUUGGUCUAUGAAGAUUGUAAACUAAUGUGCAGAGAUUCAAUUUAAAGGAAUGAACUUUCAAUGAUGCGGCACAAGUGGACUAUUUUGUGCAAUAUUGCAGCAAGUUUGUAGGGAUGGACUGUCAUGCCAUAUGUGAGUUCUUUCUAUGGAUGGAGUGACCACUUUCCAUUGCUAAUGUACUUGUAAUCUGAAGAGGAAUAAAUCUGAAAGAUUUUAUUUUCUUGAAUACAGUGAAGAAGUUGAAUCAAAUUCAACCAAAUUCCAAUUUGCAUUUUCUGCGUCACUGCCCAUAUAUAUGUUGGCAACCCUGAUGAACUUACUGAUGAACAUCCACUUCUUAGGGACUAUUCUCAUCAAUUGGCACAGAGAAAUGUUUAGUGCCUUAUCAGAAGUUUGUGAAAUUACCAAUAUCUGACCGGACUAGGCCAUGAUACUAACUCCCCAAUGGAAUAUAUUAUGUAGUACUCCUAUAGCUUAUUGAAAGUAUCAAUUAGUUUAAAAGGUUGGCUAAUUUUUGUACUUUUCAAAGGAAAACAUUUUUUUCCUUUUUGUGCCUUUUUGUUGUUGCUGGUAUUUUGUGGACCUGGUCAAACCAUUUAAUUUCAUUUAAAUUAAAAUUUCUUUGUAAAAGAAGAGUUAUCCAUAAACAGCAAAAUGCCAACGUAAGUACAUUGUAUGAACAGCAGCCUUAUUGAAAGAGUCAAAAAGUUGUUGGAACGUCAUCAUCAAUAGGGUUUAAUACAAAGGGUCACUGAGUCAUGACUCGUAGGACGACGAGGAUGAUGGCAAACUGUAUACAAAAUACCUGUUGGAAAAUGUAUCUUUGUUCCUGUUUAAAUUAGGCCUAUGAAGAACAAAAUGUAUUAUAAGAUGGUUAGGAGAAUCCCUGCAAUCUGAUUGGUCAAUUACCGUGUAGUUAAUUUUACUGGAUGCAUGCAAUAUCAACACGAUAUAUGCAAUAUUGGACAAAAUAAAUGUAACCACAUAGCUCAGCAACUAAUUUGCUGAUAUCAUUACACUUGGACUGAAAUAAUUUAAUGCUACUUUUUCCAUGUAUGGGCAGGCACGUUAAGUGGCUAUGGUUUGGUGUAACUUGAAGGUGUUAUGUAAUAAUGAAACUAUAUCAGAUCCAUAAUUAAAUGCCUACCCACCCAAACUCAAAAAAUCUGGAGAAGUAGACUGAAUAAAUGAAUACAAACAGAAUUUGAGUGGAUAGAAUGGGUAAAACGGGAGGAAACUAUUUAGAGCUAAUUGUAUGCCAAUGGUACAAAUUCAAAUUUAUGUAGCCUUCAUCAUUCAAAAAUUAAUGCAAAAGAAUUAAUUUGGGUGUAUACAUUUUGUUUUCUCUGUUACAUUGACUUUUGGUUUGUAUUGCUAUGCACCUUAUGAUGCUGGUAGAAAAUAAAUUUUCCACUUUUUAUAUGGACCAGAAUGAAUAAAUUUUGAUUGAGGAUUAUUUUGUGAUAGGUGACUUUUCCUCAUGACUGAUUCUUUUUUUUUAAGUGAAUGAAGUUUGCGUGCAUUACAUAAAGCCCCAGACGUAGAAGUAAACUCCACUCCCUGUGUUUGAUACACCUAUUAGUAACUAAAAAGCUGAAUGGUAUCAAAUUAAAAAAUUACCUCUUAGUUUCAUGGAAUGUUCUACUUUACAUCCUAACUAAAAAGCUGAAUGGUAUCAAAUUUAUAAAUUACCUCUUAGUUUCAUGGAAUGUUCUACUUAACAUCCUACUGGUAAAUUGAAUUCAAACGAAAACAGAUUUGUAACCAAUGAAGAGCAAAGGAAAUAAAUGUGGUAAUGAAAUGUUUUGCAGCUGGAUCCUCUUAUCUAACUUGAGGAGUGCAAACAUAAGGGUAUUUCUCCUUCACCUGGAGCAAUGUGGUCACGUAUACAUGCAUAUAUAAAAAGGGUAAAUGUACAUGUAUGUGUAUUAUGUGUUGAAUAAUCUAUGUGCCGUUAUAUCAGAGUGUACAUACAUGUAUACAUAAUGGAGAUGAAAUCUUGUGUCUUUCGUUGUACAAGGAAGCUGGUCUUUCAUUUUUUCUUGUAUACACACCAUGAAUGUAUGUUUGAAUGAUAAUAAAUGCAAUGUGUUAUGAUGAAAUAUUAAAAUAUACUUGUCAUAGAGAUGAAAAGGGAA